AUGUCCGAUGAACUCGACGAUAAAGCACCCAUCAAAAUCCAUCGGAAUGAUUUAAAUCCAGUAAGAGCAACUCUCGAAAAAAGAAUGGAAGUAGUUGCACCUCUAGAAGAUUCCCAUGGUGAUUGUUGCAUACAUCCCACGACUUUGUCACAAGUGGAGUCAUCGAUACAAUCUAGUAAAAAACUAAUUUUUAUCAAUGGACCCUAUUCGUCAUGUGCUCGAUACAUCUUCGAUUGUAAACACGCCGUUCUUAUCGGCAGUGGCAUAGGAAUCACACCAUAUGCAUCGAUUCUAUCUAGUCUCAUGGCCAGAUUUCGAACGCUACGUACAGUUUGCAAACAUUGCCAAGGCAUCACUUAUUAUGGAAAAAAUCGUUUGGAGAAGUAUCAUUUGGAAAAAGUUGAUUUCAUUUGGGUAAAUCGUGAUGUGAAGAGUUGCGAAUGGUUUCUCAAUCUUCUUCGUCAAUUUGAAGUCGAACAAGAUGAAUAUUUAGCAUCGAACAGAGAUGAACGUCAUUUUUUAGAUAUUCACCUUUAUUUUACAGGUAUAAAACAAGAGGACAAUAUUGGUCAAGUUUUUCUUCAUCAUGUGAUCAAUGUAUGGGCUGAAGAAGUCGGUGAUGAUAUAUUUACUGGAUUGAAAUCACGAACCCAUUUUGGAAGACCAGAUUGGAAUGAAUUAUUUAAGAGACUCAUAUCGGAUAACGAAGUUUCAGCAGCCAAGAAUAUGAAUGUCUUUUUUUGUGGACCAAGCACCAUGGGAAAAACUAUAGAACAACAUUGUAUAAGGUUUGGAAUGCAUUUUUACAAAGAAAACUUUUAG